GAUGGUGGAAGUUUCUUCUUCCUUGAAGUGAAGCCCCGACUGAAACCCAAACAUCCUGCACACUUAGGGCUCGGAGUUCACUUCAGCGUCGCCACUUUGCUCUCUAAGCCUCCCUUUGGAUCCGGGCCUUCAUCCCUGCCCUAUGUCAUGGCAAGUGGAGUCACCAAGUCGGGAACCACCAACGGUUACCCCAUGAAGGCACAGCUACAAAUAAUUGUGCUAUCAGCAAAACUAAAAGAGAACAAGAAAAACUGGUUUGGUCCCAGUCCUUAUGUGGAAGUGACAGUUGACGGCCAGUCCAAGAAAACAGAGAAAUGCAACAACACUCACAGCCCCAAGUGGAAGCAGCCGCUCACUGUGAUUGUGACUCCAUUCAGCAAACUGGUAUUUCGUGUGUGGAGCCACCAGACCCUGAAGUCAGACGUGUUGCUAGGCAUGGCCACGCUGGACGUCAGCGACACGCUCAAGUCGAACGACAUGAAAAUCUCUGAGGUGGUGCAGACCUUACAGCUGUGUGCAGACAGAGACCAGUCAGAUGUGGUGGGAGACCUGUCCGUCUGCCUGGACGGCAUGACUGUCGACCCCGAGAUGUUUGCUAAGGCAGAGGCCGACCAUCACAGUACAUCAAAUGGAGAAACACAACCUAAUGAGGAUCAUGUCAUAAGGCGGAGUCGAGACAGCUCGCCAGCUUUGGACAGUGUAGAUCACAAGUCUUCUCCCAGUGGCCGGAGGUCAGUGAACAGCACAGGGUCUCCCUCAGUGUCAUCAGGGAUCUCAAGGCCUCUCCGACCUCCCAGGCCCUCCAGACCUCCUCCUCCAACUCCGCGCAGACCCACCUCUUCACCAGCAUCUUCCAGCAAUGGAUCUGCACCAGCGGAUGGCAGUGAUGGUCAAUCAGGCUCUGAUACACCGGUACGAACACCAGCCUCAGGACCUUCAUCAGCCCGAGAAUCAAGUCCAUCAGCAGGCUCGGAAAGGAACUCCACGCCAACCCCAGGCUCUGGAGCUCCAGCAACCAGACAGCCAACCAGCAGCAUCACACCUGUGGUCACUCCAAGGGUCCCUGCUGUCAGCACUGGGCCGUUACCUCCUGGGUGGGAGCAGAGGGUGGAUCAGAGCGGCAGGUUGUAUUAUGUCGAUCACGUGGAAAAGAGAACAACGUGGGAACGCCCUGAACCACUGCCCCCUGGCUGGGAGCGUCGUGUCGACCAGAUGGGGCGGGUCUACUUCGUCGAUCACAUCACGAGAACCACCACCUGGCAACGCCCCACAGUGGAGACGGUGCGUAACUACGAGCAGUGGCAACACCAGCGCAACCAGCUGCAGGGCGCCAUGCAGCAGUUCAACCAGAGGUUCAUAUUCGGGCUACAGGACCAGGUCUCAGCCACUCAGAAUAAGGAGUUUGAUCCUCUUGGGCCUCUGCCACAUGGAUGGGAGAAGAGAACAGACACGAAUGGCAGAGUUUAUUUUGUUCAUCACCCAACACGGUCAACACAGUGGGAGGACCCACGAACACAGGGGUUGCUGAAUGAGAAACCACUUCCAGAGGGCUGGGAGAUGAGGUUCACUGUAGACGGUAUUCCCUACUUCGUAGACCACAACAGGAGAACAACCACCUACAUCGACCCUCGCACUGGAAAAUCCUCACUUGAAAACGGACCUCAGAUCACCUACGUUCGAGACUUCAAAGCCAAAGUACAGUACUUCAGAUUCUGGUGCCAGCAACUGUCAAUGCCUCAACACAUCAAGAUCACUGUAACCAGAAAAACCCUGUUUGAGGACUCCUUUCAGCAGAUAAUGAGUUUCAAUGCUCAAGAUCUACGAAGGAGACUAUGGAUCAUCUUCCCUGGAGAAGAAGGCCUCGAUUACGGAGGCGUCGCCAGGGAGUGGUUCUUCUUGUUGUCCCAUGAGGUGCUGAACCCCAUGUACUGCCUGUUUGAAUAUGCCGGCAAAGAUAACUAUUGUCUCCAGAUCAACCCCGCCUCCUACAUCAACCCCGACCACCUCAAGUAUUUCAAGUUCAUAGGACGCUUCAUCGCCAUGGCUCUUUUCCAUGGCAAGUUCAUCGACACUGGUUUCUCACUGCCAUUUUACAAGCGCAUCCUGAACAAGCCGCUGGCCCUCAAAGACCUGGAGUCAAUAGACCCUGAGUUCUACAACUCUCUCAUGUGGAUCAAGGAUAACAACAUUGAGGAGUGUGGACUGGAGAUGUUCUUCUCUGUGGACAAAGAGAUCCUGGGUGAAAUCUCCACCCAUGAGCUGAAACCAGGAGGAGGAGACAUCCAAGUCACCGAGGAGAACAAGGAGGAGUACAUCAGGCUGGUGGCAGAGUGGAGGCUGUCCAGAGGAGUGGAAGAGCAGACACAGGCUUUUUUUGAAGGCUUCAAUGAGGUCCUCCCUCAGCAGUACCUGCAGUACUUUGAUGCUAAAGAGCUGGAGGUGAUGCUUUGCGGUAUGCAGGAGAUCGACCUUGCAGACUGGCAGAGAAACACCAUCUACAGACACUACGCUCGAAGCAGCAAACAGAUCGUCUGGUUCUGGCAGUUAAUAAAGGAGAUGGACAAUGAGAAGAGGAUGAGGCUGCUGCAGUUUGUCACUGGCACCUGUCGCCUGCCUGUAGGAGGCUUUGCUGACCUUAUGGGAAGCAAUGGUCCCCAGAAGUUCUGUAUUGAGAAGGUGGGAAAAGAAAACUGGCUUCCCAGAAGUCACACAUGCUUCAACAGACUGGACUUGCCGCCCUACAAGAGCUACGAGCAGCUGAAGGAGAAGCUGAUGUUCGCCAUCGAGGAGACAGAAGGCUUCGGACAGGAAUGAGGGAAACCAGGAGAAGUUUGAAUAGUGUGUGCAGGAGUCUGAAGGAAUAAAAAAACCACCAGUGUUCAAAUCAGGGAGCCCCUUCAGACAAAGUGGGUUUUUCAUGUGUCUCUGCUCAUGCAUGCAUGCACACACCUGUAUGGUACGUCUAUGGGUGAGUGCGUGAGACUGGCGCCUGCAUGUUGUUGCAAAAGGAGCUGGGAUUCGCGUCUACCGUGUACACCGUGCUCGCAGCAGGCCUCUCAGUGCUUGAUUGGAACCUGCAAAAUGUUGUAUUCCUUUAAACCAAAACAGAAGCUGCCGUCAUCUCUCAGAAUGUGCGGCAGAUUAUGCAUGGGAUCCUGAAAACUCACCCUCAGUGACAUCUGUUUAAAGGGACCGCAGUAGUUUUUUUUCCCUGCAUGUCGUCAUGUAAUGGCAGGUGACAGGGUGGCAUGGUCCAAAUCUCCUAACCAGAAAGCUUCUAACAGUCUCUUCAAGGCGUCUUUGACUAACAGAUUUCAUCUCUUAAAGUUGCUCUGCGUGCAGCGUCGGAUUAAUGUCAGUGUUCAUUUUAAGGCAAGAUUGAGAGGGUGUGUUUUUUUUUUGUUUGUUUUUUUUUUAAAAAGGGUUAAGUUUCACCAAAAAUUAAAUUGUGUUGCUUAAAGAUUGUUUGUUGCACUUUUAGCAUCAUCCACAUCAUUUUUAUUCCCAAUUAUAUCCUCAAAUCUCUCACGCUCUCAUCUGCAUCACUCCCAGUGACUAAAGUGGAUCUUUUCUUUAAAGAAAACAGUAAUGCGUGGCAAUAUAAGAUGAUAGCGAUGCCAUAGUGGAUUUUUUGAGUGCUCCAAAUUAACGCUAAAAUAACAGACAAUCUUGGUGCUGCAGAGAGAUUUGGGCAACAUGCCUAAUACAAAUAAUGAGACAAACAGUUUUGUGUUCCUGGUUGGUUUUGUAGUAUUUGAUCUGUGGGUCACUUAAUGAUUGUGAAAAAGUGAUGUAGCCUCUAUAAUUUAUAGUGGUGGGAGAUGUGGAAGACUUCAACAGAACUUAAACUGACCCUAGUUUUAUAGGGCUGGUGUUUGUUCGCUGUGAUGGGGAAUGGGACAUCUUGAAUUGGAGUCUUCUGGGAGUAUUUUAUAAGUUAUUCAUCUUGAAAUCAACCUGGGAGACGUUUCACUGAUCAGAUCCUGAAAAAAAUCCAUUGGAGAUUAUAGUAUUUUAGGUUUUUAUGUAUUCAGUACUCAAGUUGUACUUGACUUAAUGUGUCAGAACUUAAAAAACAAACAAACAGAAAACAAAAAUAUAAGUGAAAAACACCAAAUGCAAGUCAAACCAAAUCUUUGUUUUUUUCAGUUUAGGUAAAGUUUUUUAAAACAUUUUGAAUGCAUACUUUGCAAAAGUCCAAAAUAAACGGCAUGUAGCUCUCUUCAUACACAUGUAGCAUUUAAAGGGGAGUUAUUACCUUAUUUUAACUGUUCUUGCCCCUAAAUCCAACCACAAAAUUAAAAUAAUGUUCUUAGGAAUUUAAAAAUUACUGUCAAAAAGAUGCAAUGUUGUAUUUGAAACUGUGGUCUUCUUUUUUACACUGAAAGGAACAUUUACCUCAGAGUAUUUUCACUUCAUACCAGUCCUCUGAUGUCAUUAAUUUUUUUUUAGAAACAACUUCAAAAUGUCUGAAACAUAGUGAAAUUAUGCUGAAAUUAUGAUUCCAGGCGAAGAUUCUUACUGUGGUGUUGACUGUGGACCCAAAGAUCAUAUGUGUGUGCACAAAGAAACCUCCAGAUGCUUUGCUGUGGAGCUCUAAGUGUGUUCAGAAACAGUCUUUGUGUUAUUACUAGUUUGGUUUGGUUGAUGUCACACAUCUGAUUGGUAACAAAAAAAAAAAAAAAGGAUGACUCAUCAAACAGAAACAGAAAACACUACGUAGUGCGGUUGCUCUUUUUGAAGUGUCCUUUUGAAUUAGUUAACCCUUUGAAACAUGAGCAAUAUGACUUGAUUACUGUCAAAAACAUGGAAAGAAGCAAUGAGCAACAAAA